AUGACGUGGAAAACAAGAGGUAACGGUAAUGAUUGUGGGAUUUUUUUGAUGCGUCAUAUAGAAACUUAUAAGGGAGGUCUUUUAGCUCAAUGGACAUGUGGUUUUAAAAUGGAAAGUGCUGAGCAGGUUUGUCAACUUAGAAAGCUUCGAAGAAGAUAUUGUUUGAAAAUUCUAUUGAGUGAAGUGAAUAUAAUGAAACAUGAAGUUGAGCAACUUAUUGAUGAGUAUCAAAAUCUUUGUGCAAAUGAUAGGCGUGUAUUGUAUCAUGAAGAUAUUAUCAAUAUAGGAGCUUGGCUAGCUGCAUUUGGUCCAUGA